CUGUUGGAAGCGAUAUAAAUGUUUUACGGGUGGGUCUGAUGAAUAAUGUUUUCGUUUGAUAAGACCCUCGUCCUUUAAAAUCUUUAUAGACUUGUGAGUCGGCAAGUGUCAGGUAUCCUUUACUUUCUCUUCCAAGUGGCAAUCUAUGCAUAAGCUGGUCUAAUGCAAUACUAAUCCUUUAAUUCACUUUUGUUGAUGUAUUAUAAUUCGUAUUCAAAUCAAAAAUAUAGCAUGUGUAAGUUGUAGACAACAUAGAAAGAGUUAAACAUCAAUUAGGUUACUCCAAUCCUAUUGAUAAUAUCUUGAUGAAUUUUAUGGUUUAUAUCUAUUCAAUAAACAAAAAUAUAUCUAACUAAAAUUAACUGUCAUUGUUGAUCACAUAAUAGUAAAAUGCUAGUUUUAGGGAGUACACAUGUCAAAUCGACUUUACUUUCUUUAUUCCUGGUCUUUAGGCUUUAAUUUACAUUUUUUCUGGUGAGUUAUCAUCUCCAAAAGAUUGGUUUUAAACAGUAAGUGAGAGGUCUUAUUAUGAAAUACCAUAUGUUUAAAUACAUGCACUUGGACAUUUUUGAUUUCUCGGUUUAAAGCGAGACGGACCCCUUCCACAUUUACAAAAAUUGUUAUUGACAUAAUGUUACUGACGAAUGAAAACUUGGAAUACUCUUGGAAUAUUCAAAGUUUGGAGGAUAUAUGCUAUGCGAAUUGCGAAGUCAGGAUAAUUAGCUGGCUUCUUGAAAAUUAAAACAGUUGUCUUCUAAAAUUUACGUCAAAGAUGUUCUAAAAUUUGUGCAAGCUCAAUAUAUAUAUAUAUCCAAAAAAUAAAGCAGCACAACUCGUAGACAUUUUGUUUUUUUUUUAAUUAAAUUUUAAUCUAGAUAUAUGAUUCAAUUGUUUUUUUUUUCAUUUUUCUUUGUUAUUUUGUUUUUUUAAUUCAUAUUCGAGUAUUUUGAAUAAAAUAUUCAAAUUAUCCAAAAAAACAAAAAUAAAAUAAAAAAACUUUACAAUUUUAGGUCAGUCACCAUCUCUAUAAUUAUCCAAACAAACUAAAAUAACUCAAAUUAAACUAAACUGAAUUUUAUUCACUUCCAAUAUAGGUCAGUUACUAGGUCCGAGAUCCGCUCUGGAUCUGUUCCAAAAAUAGGAUAUCGGAUUUGUCUGGAUCCUAAUCCGAAUAGUAAAAUCUUAAAUCCGUCAAAAUGAGAUUUGGAUCUGGAUAUCUUAAUUUUUAAGUUUGAAUAUCCGGAUCUAAAUUCAUAUUUAAAAAUAUAUUAAUUUUUUUUAAUUUCAUUGAUAUUUAUAUUUGGUACAUUAAUAUUUAUACAUAAAUUAGUCUUAUAAUAUUAUAUUUUAAUUUUUAUAAUAUUAUACACACUUAUAUAUAUUUAUAAAUUUUGUAUAAAUAAUUAAUUUAAGUCUUAUUUUAAAAUUUUAAUAAUUUAAAAAUUAUUAUUUUAAAUUAUGUUUACGAAUCCGGAUCCGAAUACAUGCGGGUUCGAAUCUGGAUAUAAAGUCCACGGAUCCGGAUACCGUAAAUUUUUUUGGAUAUACGGAUCUGUUCCACGCCUAUCAGUUAGCAUAUAUAUAUUACCAAACAAGCUAAAAAUACCCAAAUUAAGCUAAACUGAAUUUUAUUCAAUUUCAAUUUAAAUCCCAAAAUCCACAUGUAAGCUACUCAAAACUCAAAAAGACACUAAUCUGAACCAAACUGAUUAUUCAUAUGUCCACCCACACCUAUGCAUGUUGAAGAUAUGGUUAUCUCACAAUAACAAUCUCGAAUAUAUUGUAAACGGAUAAAACUCGUACUGGUCUUUGAUGGGUGAAACUGCAUUCCGGUAUGUUUGCUCCCAUUUUAUAAAUGAUGAGUUAAGUGUGAACUUUGAUUUCUUACUAUUUUAAAUCUUUUUCAGCCUUUUUGGCAACUAUUUUUGUUUGUUUUUUACAAAAUGCCAAAUCACCAUAUUUUGUGACAGUAUUUCUUUUGGUCGCAUCGGGCAUCUAUACGACUUAAAAUGCUAUCAAAACAUCAGUAAAUAUGGCGAGGUGGCCUCAAAACAAGGCUAAAUCUCAUUAUUCAGGAAAAGCAUUAAUGUGAUAUUGAAAGCCGGUUUUAUAUAAUAAGGCAAAGUUUCGUCGGCUUUAGUUUCGGGUUUAUAUCUUCAUCCCGCUGAUCUUGUAAAUUUUAAUGUUGCAAUAUAAGUGUUCUAAAGUGAAAAAUAUAUGAUGUCAAAAAAGUGAAAAAAAUAUAAUAAGGCAAAGUUAAAUCAAUUAUUUUGGCAUGCUGUGAGGAAAUUGUUUUACCAAUAAAGUUAAUUUAUUUAAGAAUAUAGACUGUACUUCUUCUUCCAAAACUAUAUUCCAUAUUCUUUCCACGUGAACAUCUAAUCCAUAUAGUUAUGUCACCAUAUUCCAUUCCAUUUCAUCAUCACACAAAAAGAGUUAACGAAACUGUAUCUCGAUAUAUUCUGUACUUCUUAUCAAUCACAAACCUGGAUACAGCCAUCCAGGUUACCCCGGCCAGUUUAUUUCAGGAUUAGAUUAAUCCCAAAUAUAGAUAAAUUUCCUUAAAAAUGCUAUUAGAAUGUUAUAUUUAGAUGAUUGAAUAAUAAUAAAAGAAAAUUGUUUGAAUAUAUGGUAUCUCGAGAACCAUUAUCACAAAACGUUAAUGAAAUAUGUGACUAUUGCCGUUAUUCUAAAAAUAGAUGCCUGGUUCAUUGUAUAGUUUCGACUAAUCCGUACAUCAAUAUAUUUAAUAUAACAAUAUCCUUUGAGUUAAACUGAGAGAGCUAACUGAAGAAUGCUUUUAAAUUUUAAUCUAAGUUGAAAACGUGUGUUAAUUCCUCACUGUGAAAAACAAGCUGAUAGUUAAAGUAACAACAUUUUUCCAAUACAGUCUAUAAAUUCCCAAGAACCUGUGGAUUUAAUUUCACUUCUCAAAGAACUAAAAGCUUCUCUAGCUUUAACCUUUCUCUCUAUAUACAGGCAUGCAUGCAUAGAGCUUAGGAGAGAGUACGAAACAAAUUAAUUAGAAAAUUUGAAGGAUGGAAGAUUCGAUGAAGACUAAGAGCUUCGAAGAAAGUGAAGAGGUAGGGCUGAGAAGAGGGCCUUGGACUUUAGAGGAAGACACUCUUCUCACAAAUUACAUCCUCCAUAACGGUGAAGGUCGAUGGAACCUCGUCGCCAAAAGUGCUGGGCUAAAGAGAAACGGAAAAAGUUGUAGAUUGAGAUGGUUGAAUUACUUGAAACCCGAUAUCAGACGAGGGAAUCUAACUCCCCAAGAACAGUUUUUGAUCCUUGAGCUGCACUCUAAAUGGGGUAAUAGGUGGUCCAAGAUUGCACAGUACUUACCAGGAAGAACGGACAACGAGAUCAAGAACUAUUGGAGAACGAGAGUUCAGAAGCAAGCUCGACAGCUCAACAUCGAAUCCAAUAGCGACAAGUUCUUUGACGCUGUUCGUAGUUUCUGGGUCCCUAGAUUGAUCGAGAAGAUGGAGCAAAACUCAUUCACUAAUUGCUGUCCCCAAAACAACAACAAUAAGUCUCUUCUUCCUCCUCAAUCCUACGACUCCACGAGUACACAAACAUAUACAGAUAUCUCGAGUCAGAACCCGGGAUUGAGCAACAUAGAUGGUUCUAGUUCGAGUUCCACUUUCAUGCCUGAUCUCACGACAGUUCCAUACUUUAUAGAUCCCAACACCAUCAUUGAUGGUUCGAUGUGUAACCAGGAAGGCAAUUAUCAAGAACUCGGCGGAUAUAUUCCUGAGAUGGAGGAAUAUUAUUACAUGGGAAAUUCAGACAUAGGAACGGAAUGUCACGUGGCAGAAGCGUACGAGGAUGUCACACAAGAUCCCAUGUGGAACAUGGAUGACAUUUGGCAGUUUAGGGAGUAAUUAAGUCAGUCAAGAGAUGAGAGUAUGCUUAAUUAGGGCGGAGGGAGCCCACCACCAUGGUUAUAUUUUACUAUAAACUGCUAUGCUUAUUAUUCAGUCUAUGAUCCAACGUUGUUAGCUAAAUGUAUAGUGAUAGUUUGCAUAAGUCUUUGAAUUCAUGAUAUUUGUAUUUCCUAUGGAUCUUUAUAUAAUUUUUAUAAUGUGAAAUUUAAGAAAAGUACACAAAUUAUAUAUUUUAUGUAUAUUUAGAUUAAACAUUAACUAAAAUAAUUCACUGAUACAAAAUUUGCUUAAUUUUCUUUUAACGAAAACUGAGUAAAUUCAUUUUUUGCAUAAAACAUUUAAAAAAAAAAUCAUCUUAUAAAAAUGAAAGAAUAUAUAAUUUGAUUUUUUUUAUUUCGUAAAGGCAUAUUUUUAUUGUCUCAUAUAGAUAUAUAAGCAUAU